AUGCCAGUCGCUCACAUAGUACUCUGGAAGCUCAAAAACAAGGACCAAGCAACGCUCGACGUCUUCAAGCCACUGCACGCACUCAAUGGCCCAACCAAGCUCUCUUUAGGCGAGCCAUUGCGUCCUGAGAAGAGUGGAGUGUACAACUACGGUCUCUAUUCCACCUUCGACAGCCUCGACGCGCUGAAUGCAUACAUAGUCGAUCCUGAGCACGUCAAGAUAGUCGAGCAGAUCAAGCCAUUAGUGGAAACAGCACUUGCAUACGAUGUUGAGAUUUAG